CUUCAUUUGGCCUGCCGGGAAUGCCAGCGGAAGAAAGUGAAGUGCGACCGCAUACAUCCGUGCGGUCCCUGCAGUCGAGCUGGAUUUACCUGUAAACCCAGCACACGCAAGCCCCGAGCAAGGGCCGACAAGGGGGUUGAUGCUGAGCUUCGAGAGCGCAUUCUCAAGCUUGAGAGACUCGUGGGAACCUUCCAAGGCGAUAAUAGUGUUGAUGAGAAGCCAAUCGAGUCACGAACGAAUUCAGUCGGGCAAUCCUCAUCUUCCGCUCAGACAAACGCCGGCUCGCCGGGCUCUCCCAGUAUUGUCGAAAGUGCCUCGCCAAACACAACGAAAUAUCCCGAACCCAUACUGGCGAUGGAAAUGUUCAAUGCAUAUCUACGACAUGUCGAGCCGAUGUACAAGAUCUUCCAUGUUCCAAGCCUGAAGGCCUUUGUCGUUGACGGCCAGCCUUACCUUGGCAAAGAACCGGAUGCGCCUUGCAACCAAGCACUCAAAGCGGCCAUCCAGUACGCUGGAGCUAACUCUUUGACUGCGGAAGAAUGUCAAACUCGCUAUGGCAAGUCCAGAGAACAGCUGGUUUCGAGUUUCCGGCAGAUGGUCGACGUCGCUCUGUACAAAGCUGAUGCACUGACGACCACCGAUCUUGCAACGCUACAAGCGCUUGUGACCUACGUUACUUCUGUGCGCAUACUAGACUGCAGUCGCCGGACAUGGACAUUGAUUGCGCUGCUCGACCGCAUUGCUCGAGCUAUGAAUAUUCACAAGGAGACUUCCGGGGAGAGCAUCUACACCGCAGAGCUAAAACGUCGAUUGUGGCAUGCAAUUGUAUUCGUCGACUGCUACGGAUCCGUUGAUCGCGGUUCAGAGCCAACGAUUCAUCCGGACACAUUCACAAGACUUCUUCCGAGCAAUGUGAAUGAUGAGGAUUUCGGUCCGGCCUCUACGUCCCUCGCACCUCGUGAAGGUCUCACCGAAAUGACGCUAUACCUUGUAGCUGCGCGCGGGUCAUCGAUGCAUCUCCGGACCCAUGUUCUGGACGUAUCUACUCUCGGAGAGCAGACCUGGCAGAAGCGCCUCGAGCUAGCAUACGCAUAUCAGAAAGAUGUGUACGAGAAUCACAUUCGACAUCUGGAUCUGAGCAUACCCCUCCACAGGGAGUUCAAAGGAAUCGCAGAAGCAGCGUGCCACCAGACCAUUCUUCGUGCUGUGCGACCGAUGCAGCUUGAUGCCACAAGUGCUCCGCCACGAGUGGACAGUCCUUGGGUCAUGGCGCUGGCGGUCAACAUCCUUCGGCAAGCUGAUGAGCUGUGGCAACAGAUGGGCGGCGCAUGGCGACGUAUGCCGUGGGCGCCAUGGCAUGCCAUCGCAGUCGCACUGGCAAGUCUCUGCUCCAUGCGCGGUACACCAGAAGCCAACGAGGCCUGGGAUCUGGUCGACAAGGGCAUGUCUCGCUAUGCAGUAGACGUGGCCGAUGGCCCGAGUGGCAUGCUCUGGAAGCCGAUCACGAAGCUGUACAAGAAAGCCGCAACAUUUCGG